AUGGACCCGGACACUAUGAGUGCGGACAGCACACCCGAUGUGCCCCAGACGCCGCAGUUCGCACUCCUCGAUUUCUUCUUCCCUGGUUUCUCCAUGUUUGCAUCUGCUGUGCACAAAUAUGCACACAUCGACCUCAACCUUUACAUCCCUCUAGUCAUGCUCUUCGGAGCCCUAACACUGGUAUGGAACUACUCAAGCCAGUAUUUUUGGGACCAGGUCGAGUCUCACUUCAUGUUGAGUGUGGACAUUCGGAUAGACGAUGAGAUCUACAACAUACUCAUGACGUGGGUUGCCAAUCAGCGUUUCGCCCAAGGCGCCCGGCGAUUCGUUGUAAACACCAAUAUCAACUCGAGAUCGUGGUACCUCUGGCGCUGGGACUACGAUGAGGAAAACGAAGACGGCUCUGAUAUCACCGGGCAGAGCAAUGAGUCCAAGAAGAAGGCUCUGAGCUACACGCCAUCCUUUGGAACCCAUUACUUCUGGUACCGCGGUCGCUUCCUGCUAUUCAAGAGGAACUCCAAGGAAUCGUCCAGCUCUUUCAUGGCAGUCAGUGAGCGCGAGGAGAUCUCGGUGUGCUGCUUUGGCCGCAACCCCUGGAUCCUCAAGGAGCUUUUGCACGAAGCCCGGUCGCUCUAUAUGGAGAAGGACCAGCAGAAGACGCUGAUCUACCGCGGUACUACUCGCUCAGGGUCAACUGAGCCCACUUGGCAACGGUGUCUCGCCAGAGCCACGCGGCCAUUCUCUACCGUCAUUCUGAACAAGAAGACCAAGCAAGAUCUCAUCGACGACGUAACGGACUACCUUCACCCAGCUACCCAGCGCUGGUACUCCAACCGCGGUAUUCCCUACCGACGGGGAUAUCUGCUCUAUGGACCCCCUGGUACCGGCAAGAGUUCGCUAUCCCUGGCUUUGGCCGGAUUUUUCAAGAUGCGCAUCUACAUCGUCUCCCUCAGCUCUAUCACCGCGAGCGAGGAGAACCUGGCCACUCUCUUUGCGGAACUUCCUCGACGCUGCGUGGUGCUCCUUGAAGACAUUGACACUGCCGGACUGACGCAUACUCGAGAGCAAGACAAGGAUGGGAGCGAGAGCUCCGUUGCUCCAGCUCCACUGGAGCCAGGGCAACUUACUCCAGGGAACGGCAACACCAACAAGAAUGAGCCUGUGGGCCGGCUGUCACUCUCGGGUCUGCUCAACAUCCUUGACGGCGUUGCAUCGCAAGAGGGCCGCGUUCUGAUCAUGACCACCAACCACCUGGAGAAGCUUGACAAGGCACUCAUCCGCCCCGGGCGUGUGGACAUGAUUGUCGAGUUCGGCCAUGCCGACACCGACAUGACCGCCUCCAUCUUCCGUGCCAUCUUCGCUCACAUCGAGGGUGACGAUGACGCGGCCGCCACACCCAACACGAAGGAGCUGCUUGACGACGAGGCCUUGAAGAAGGAGGCUGCGGAGAAGGAGAGAAGACAGAAGGAGGACGACGCCCGCGUCGAGGCCCUGGCCGUCGAGUUCGCGGCCAAGAUCCCGGCCCACGAGUUCAGCCCGGCCGAGCUGCAGGGCCACCUGCUGAGGCACAAGCGCGACCCGCGCGCGGCCAUCGACAAGGCCGACGAGUUCGUCGAGCAGACGCGCAAGGACCGCAAGGAGAAGGAGAUCAAGGCCGCCGAGGAGAAGCGGCUGGCCGAGGAGAAGCGCAAGGAGGAGGAGGCCAAGCAGAAGGAGGAGGAGGACAAGAAGAAGAAGGAGGAGGACGAGGCGAAGCUCAAGGAGGAGCGGGAGAAGGCCAAGACGGAGAAGAAGGAGCGCAAGCGCAAGGCCAAGAGGGAAGAGCGCAAGAAGAAGCGGGACGAGUCGAAGAGGCCCAGAUCGGGCUCGGAUUCGGACGCGUCUUCUGACUCCUCGUCUGAUGAGUCCGAGGCCGAGGAUGCCAAAAAGAAGAGCGCGGCGACGAAGAAGCCUGUCGAGGUGCCUGACGUCAAGCCAGCGAAGUCUAAGCAUGAAAAGAAGGACUCAGGGUAUGGAACACCUACGAGCGUUGAAGCAUAG